AUGCAAGGCAGCUCCCCCCCCCCCGCCCCUGUGCAAUUCCAAUUCCAAUUGCCAAUUGCAAUUUUUCGAUAGACCAAGAAGCCCCCCAACAGGAUCGUGCGUGCAUACCCACGAGAUUGUCGCCGCCACCAGUGGGUGAGUGAUUUUGGUUCUGACGCGACCCAACAAGCGCUGGCACUACUGUCUUCUUCUCAAUUAGGUUUUUGUUCAAGGUGAGCGAAUUCCAGAGUGUCGUUGCGUGACGGAAGGACUGACGGACGGAAGGUAGGAUUCAGCUCGUUUGAUUCGCGAGAGGGAUUCACUAGUUUGUGCGGAAUUUGCAAGGGACCAAGUGCUGGUGGUGGGUUUUGGAUCAUGGCUUUGAGAGAGGAGCUGGACUUCAGCAGGUCGCCGGAGGACGGUGACCCAGAAUCUUGACGAGGAUCUUGAAACCAAGACAGAACGAUUGUCGUGAAAGUCUGACACGUAAUCCCCUCAUUGCUGCUGAAGUAUGGCAACAGACACAAACAAUGGCAGCGGGAACCUGUACCAUGAGAGACAGCACUUUCAGUUCUGCUUGCUGCACUGCCUCAAUAAUCUUCUCCAGGGCGAAAACUCUUUUAGCAGAAACGAGCUCAACUCCAUCGCGGAUGGUUUACCCACUGAUCUCGAAGGACGCAACAUGCCAAACCCACUCUCUCUGAUAUUCAAGCCACACAGAAACGCUAUUACAGGAAACUAUGAUGCAAACGUGUUGAUCUCUGCACUUAACUCUAGAAACAAGGAGGUUGUUUGGUUCGAUCGGCGUAAUGGAGCCGAGACCUUACUCACAGAAAUCGCAGAUUAUGGCGACAGAUUGCUGGGCAUAAUAGUGAAUAUUUCCACUAGAAAGUGGCUAGGGAUGUGGCAGGCCAGGCACUGGGUUGCAAUUCGGAAGCUGCAAGGCGUGUGGUAUAACUUAGACAGUGAUCAUACUACCCCAGUUUGUUUUGUGAAUGGAGAAGACGGCUUGAGGGAUUAUUUCAACUCCGUGAUCUCCAGUGAUGGUGUGGUUCUCUUUGUACUGAAUGGCGUGAGCACUCUAUCCAACGGGAGUUGCUGACGAGUAAUUUGACACUCUCGACUCCACAGAUAUCUCUUUUUGUUGAGGUUGAUUGCCAAGCCAAGCUUAACAUUGCUUGAAGCAUGAGUUAGGGUUGCAGAGACAGAUGGUUGUGUACUCUUCUGGUGAAACUGACGGUGGGACAAACUCUUUGAUUCUUUGUGAAGUAAGUCGUCCUGGUGGGUAUCUACAAGCUCGCCUGUUUCUUCAUCCCAGCGCAGUAUAGUUGAACCCAGUACACUGGAACUCCGGAGACGAGAUACAAGGCAUUGCAAAAGCAAAGAUGAGCUUGGUAUGUGAAAAGAAUUGGAGUAAACAACUUCUAAAAAGAACAGAAAAAUUCAGUUUUCUAAGAUCCUUUAGUAUUGCUCUUUAAUUUAUUUUUUUUUGAAAGCAAUCAGUACAACAUUCAUGCAAAUUAAUGCAUUGGUUGUUCCUGAAUCCCAGCUUUGACUCUGAAUUGUAGCUUUUUAGUCAAAUUGUGAAAAUUUAUCGGAUGGGGAUUGGAUCAAGUGUAUUCUUUGGGUAGUUUUACCUUGUCUAUACAUUUUUUUUGAAGUUUGUUA